ACUAAGGUUUUUAGAGAUGUUUGAAUAAAUCUUACAAGUGCACUUAAUGGACGCUUGCUCGUCAGUGGAUUCCUACAGAUCUCUGAAGAUCUGGCUUCUAAGAAUCUAAGCUUCACUCAAGGCUAAGCUUACAGAAUUAUCUGGAAGACCAGAUUUGAAAGCCCUCAAGUGCUUAGAAGCGGAUGUAGGAAGAUAGGUACGUGUGUGUACACACACGGUUAACAGUUUUGCAGAUGUGCUGCAUACAUGUUGAACAGACAGCUUGUAUUUGUUGAGGUGACCUGUGGUCCUUGAAAUAUAUGUGGCUUGUCAGCUUUUAAUGGAUCAUCAGCUGCAGAAGAAUGAUGACUGUUGUGUAAUCUGGAUCUUCCACAACACAAAUAAAUAGUCCAGCAGGGUUUGCCAAGAACAUUUCCAGAUCAGCAUUGGAUGCUAUUUGCUGAACUUGGUUCUAUCCCAACACUCUGUGACAGGAUCUCCUGAGGGACACCUAGCAUGUCUUGCUUCCACGCGGGGCUACCCUAGUCACUUUGAAGUACAGUGCCUGUAUCUUAUGCUUCUCAAUCAUGAGGAUUUGUGAUGUGGUACAUAGGACCAGCUGCAAUAACCUAAUGACCUUGGGGCUCCCUUCUCCAUGGCUGCAAGUAAUCACAGGCACAACAAGGGCGAGAGGCUUCCGACCUAAUUCAGACAUCUAAGAGAUAUUUUAAGGUCACAAAGGAUUUGCUGUUCAGAGAAAAGCAUAUGGUAACCCCUACUGAAGAAGGGAAGCAGUGGCCCAGAGCAUCACUGAGAAGCCAAGUCGGGAAGCACACCUGUAUCAGUCCUGUUUCUGGACAAACUGUCACUUCCCUGCAAGUACAACAGAUGCCCAUACCAAAGCAAUUACUGUAUGGGAGAUGCUGACUGGCUGGAAGAACCUGUUCAUUUUGGAUCUGUAAUGGAGUCUGCGAGGAGCUCAGCUUCCUGGUGUGGAAGAAGGGACAAAUCCAGUCAAGCAGGUGCUGAGCCAGUAACAGCAUGGGAAAAGCUCCCCUUCCUUGGGUACUGUCAAAAUUCAGCAUCCUUCACAGCCUCCAACAUCGAGGUCCUACAGAUUUAUCUGAACCGCUGGAGCAGCCGCGUCGUCCCCAGCCUGCAAAUAAGAAUUGGAAGCAACUGCAGCGAGAAAAAGCUCUCCAGCAACAAUGCCAGAAGCUGGGACUGCAGGGUGGAGCAGCCUCGGUUCCUCCUGAGCAGUUGCUGUCUGCACCAAAACAUAAACCUUGUAAUCCUCGGCAGCCCGUGCCAGCAUCACAUCGUCCUUUAGCAGAGCAAAGGCAACGUGACAGCAAAGAUCAGCAAAAGGAGGCGAGGCCAGCAGGUCCUUGUGAUGGUAGUGACAGUGCCCGGAACCUCACUCCAAAGACAAGCACUACAGUGGAGAAAAAGAAAGUGGAAUUGCAGGAAAAAUCACGGUGGGAGAUCCUCCAGCAAGAGCAACGGCUGAUAGAAGAGAAGAAUAAACGCAAGAAGGCACUUCUGGCCAAAGCUAUUGCUGAGAGAUCCAAAAGAACUCAAGCUGAAACAGUGAAGCUAAAAAGGAUUCAGAAGGAGUUACAAGCUUUAGAUGACAUGGUGUCUGCUGACAUCGGCAUCCUGCGCAACCGCAUUGACCAAGCCAGCCUGGACUACUCCUAUGCCCGGAAGCGGUACGACAAGGCUGAGUCGGAGUACGUGGCAGCCAAGCUGGACCUCCAACACAAGACAGAGAUCAAGGAGCACCUCACAGAGCACCUGUGCACGAUCAUACAGCAGAACGAGCUCCGCAAGGCCAGGAAGCUGGAGGAGUUAAUGCAGCAGCUGGAAGUGGAGGCAGAUGAGGAAAAUCUGGAACUUGAGAUAGAGGUGGAGCGGAUGCUGCAGCAGCAGGAGGCAGAAGCAGGGAGACAAGCCAGCCAGUCACACAAUCGUGCUGGGACAGCUAAAGAAAACUCAGCUCCCACUGUUACAACAAAGGAGAGUGAGCAUGCUAACCACGCUGCUGCUUCUCCUGCUCUCUCUGAACAGUUGGUGCUGUCUGAAAACUCUGGUACCAAAUCCCUCUCUGAUAUGGACAACCAGACUCAGGCAGUAAAUGUGACUCCAGGAGACUCCCCAGCUUGCUCUGCUACAUGACUACUAUUUUCAGCCAGCUGGUUAUGGAUAUGAUACUCUCUGCAGGCUUGUGGGCUGUAUAUGUUAUCUCUGGGCUUCUGUGGUGCCAGUAAUAUGCACUUCAUUUUAGAGGAUUUUUUUUUUAAUUCUUUUUGAGGAAGAUCUCUUUUAGAGAUCACCAUCUGUCCUUAUCAUUCUGUUCUCUUAGGUUCAAAUUCUAAUGCCCAGCUCCUCAUGGGUUGUUGUACCUUCCACAUAUGAUACUUGGAAGCAAACAGGGUUUCUUCCAAGGGGUUUUCUGCAUAGCGGUAUCACAGAUACCUGUUUCAAACAGUGUGCAAGAGAUACAUAUCUACAGGAGAAGGCUUUGCCACUUACUCUGUUUCUAGACACAUUCUGUCCCCUGACAGAUGCAAUAUGAUUUUUAUCUUCCUUUGCAUCCAUAAGGGAUAAGUUUUCAACGGUUUUAAUCCAGUGAAACUCAAGAGUAUAUUUUAAUUAUCUUCAUAGCUUAUACUGUUUCCUGUACCUGAUUUAAGGGAUAAUUGUAUAUUGGGAGAAAUUGCAAAGUUAAUUGUAAUAUUUCCUACGUAUUGCUUCCUAUUUCUUUCAGAUAGCGCUAUAUCACACAAAGCUCCAUACUGACAAUGAAUUGUCUAUGAACUCACAGCUGCUAUGAUUUAACAAAAAUAAUGGGUGACAAUUUAAGACAUGGCAGAAUGUAUGAUGCAGAAGUAGAAACAAAGAAAACAGAAUUAUGAUUAAAAGUAUUCCAUUACAAACAUUUUCCUCUAUCACUGUUGCCUCAAAAUGCUAAUAAUCAGCAGGGACCUUGCAACGAAUAAUUCCCACAGCAUAUUGGAAUGGAGCCCAUUUUCCUGUAAUGAUCAGUGCAUUCUGUUGCCUGAAGAGUGGGUUUGUACCCCACAAGAAGUUGAGCUAUUUCCCUCUGUUGCUGUUGAAAGGCUUUAGAAAACUCUUCCAGGUGGAGAAAGUCUCAGGAAUUAAAACAGAGGACAUAUGAAAGCCUCCAGUAGAGACUGAUGCAGCUGCAAACCUUGGGGACGCUGUAGCUAUCCACUUUGUAACAGAGGAAAGCUGCUUUCACUGUGGCAAUGUUUUCUGUAAUACCUGACCUGAACACGUCAGAGUUUAUGAAUGAGUUACUGAGUGAUGCCAUCAAAUGUAUAAAUGGGACACUAAUUGUCUCUAUGGCUUUAACAGUGGAAACAACUGUGUCACUACAUUUCAUUUUUAUUCUAUUAAUAAAUCGGUGCAUCUUCUA